AUGACUGGCGAAGAUGUUUCUACUAUAGAAACCAGAAAGCGUAAAUGGAAGCAGAAUCUUCCAAAUGUCAGUAAUGUCAACAGUGGACUGUUCGAUGAUCUUCAGAUUCUUAUCAAUAGCAUAGAUCUUUUGAAUGAGGGUGUUUCCAAUGAUUACCGUCCUGUGGCUGAUUUUUUCAGGAAAGGUCUUGCGGUGCAAUGUACUCAAGGAUGGUCGUACUAUGCUCAAGUGAAUGAGCAUACUAAGUUUGCGGAAACCACUGUGAAGUUGACGAAGCUGAUUGCUAUUUUAAACUCAGAUGCGAGUGUUUUGCCAUACGGGUCCGUUAUUAUCCGGGAUAUUCUCAAUAACUACUGCAAAGUUCUUUAUAGAGGUAUUAACAAUUUAAGGCCAUCAAUCACCAAUGCAGUGUUCCGUUUAAUGACAGAAAUAGUGCAGUUCAACAAAGGUCAAUUUGUUGAUGAGUUUUUGCAAUACUUUGAUCUAACGCUAUUGAGUUUAUUGAAGGUUUUGAACCCCAGAAAGGUCGAUAACGUUGAAGCGGAGGCUACGAAGAAAUCUGCACAUAUUUCUAUGAGAACAUGCUUCAUAAAGUUUUGGAUCGCUUUGAUCAAGAAUGCACCAUCCGUCUUGCGAAAGGAUAUAAUGACUGAUAACCAGAAGAUUAUGACGGCAUGGAUGAGAAAUCUUGUGAAAAUGGACUCUUCAGAAUUGAUUGAAGAGUCUUUGCAUUUACUUAUCGAUCAUGUUUUGAAGGAAACAAGCUUUAAAAAGAUGACGAAAUGUAAGAUCUUGAACGAGUUUGUUGCUAGUAGACUCCAUGAGCUAUAUUACUCUCCAAAUAAGAAUAUUGUAUCCUUAGUGGAUGAGUUCUUCCAAAUAUAUGGUGGAGAUUUGGAACUCGGUGUGGUGUUUAUUGACAAAUCUUCCUGGUUUGAAGAGACACAAGGGCUUAAACCUGGUGUAUUGGUGGAAAUACACCAAAAGUCAUUUAAAUUGCAUAAUAAGUUGUUAUAUACAGCUUUAACGUUCUUUAAGCCCUGGGAAGAUGAUACCCAAUGUAAUACGGUGAUAAAAAUACUAGCUACUGUUCCAGAACUGGUUGCUCCAUAUUCAACUUAUAUUAGUUCCAUGGGCUCACAUUAUCCAAAAAUGACAGCAUAUUGGUUUGGUAUGACAUUAUUCUUAGGAAGGUUGAUCAACCUACCAAUUCCCGAAUAUGUCGAAUCGAUCGAGUCCGACAAUCUUCCUUCAAACUCUAUUGUCAUUGAAUCAAUUAUACCUGCCAGUAUCACAAAGGCCGCUCUAACCAAAUGUCUCCAGCACGAGAGUAAUUUAAUAAAGCAGAUGGGCUGUCAACUAUUGGUAUUUUCUUUGAAGAAACUUGAUAGUGUCGUUGAUUUGUACCAUAGAAAGGGUUGGGAAUCCUCGAAAGCUAUGCUUUUGAACACAUUUUUUUCAUACAUGCCAGAUCUACCUGUCUUAACAAAUGUCUUAAACACACUCUACACGACUGCUCCAAAUAACAAAAUCUUGGCUCUCUCAUUGACUCUCAUUUUCAGGUUAUAUAGCAAGAUCUUCCCCAACUUCUUCAAUAUCAGUUUACCAUCUUCAAACUUCUACGUCGAUAUUAUGAAAGGUGACAAAUUCUCUGGUAUUGAUUUGGUCAUGCUCGAUAACUUCAUGAAAUUCCAAGAGCUAAAUAGCUCCCAAAUUAAAUGGUGGCACGCAUCGAAUAAAGAGCACUCCUUGUUUUCAUCACUCUUAAGACUUGCUUCGUCGAAAAAUGCAUCAUCAAUUGUGGCUAGUAAGAUCUCACAAUUAUUGCAUAACUUACUACAAUUCAGCAUUAUCUUUACAAUGGAUAAUCUAACAAGUUCACCUUUAUCUGCACUAAUUAAUAGUUUGUUGGUUUUAGGAAACUCUGAGGAGAAGCCAACAACCGCUGUUGAAUAUGAAGCAGUGUGGAAACUUUUGGAUGAAUCUAUUGCUCGUUGUCAAAAGACUCCAUACAAGUAUGUCGACAUGGCAAAGGAAUAUGAGAACAUAUCGCCAUUUUUGGCUGCCCUAGCAGAACAAUGGAAGUUUGUUAAGGUUGACAACCUCGAAACAUCAGCUGUUGCUAAAUGGUUGGUUGUUUUCUUCAGAAAUAUGAUAGUGUUGGGAACAUCUAAAAACGGUGCUAAACUAUUAUUAUCAAAGCUUGAUAAUAUCCCUGUCAAUCUACUGGAUAUCUACCUAUCAUUUGAAGAUAGUACCUUAAAGGAAACCUUAAAGACAGACUACUUAAUCGUGCAAAAUGAAACCACUUCAUUCUAUGAUCAUCUUCUUUUACAGUCAUCUGCAAAACUCGCUACUGUUACCAGAGUGCCUGUUAAUCCAUUCGAUGUAUCUGCUAUAGUUUUCAGACUCAAUGAGAUUCAAUCGAACUCCUCUUUGACUACUCAGACACGGAAUAUUAUUGAUAAUUUAUUGUCAAAGAUUGGGAAUUAUGCCCUUGGAGAUUUGCAAUAUGCUGAACGACUCGUUACGAAACAAUAUUUCUCCAAAAUUAUCACCGAAUUACCAUCUAUUUCCAAUGGAAAACAUUUCGAAGUAUUUUGCUAUGUUCUAAAUGGUAUUCAACAAAUCUUCAGCCAACUUGGAAUUCAAUACAAUGAAUUUAAAGAUUAUGCUUUUGAUCUUUUCCAAACUAUUGUCAAUGAAGAUAAGGGAAGCCAUAGAACUAUGGCAUUACAAAUUCUAUCACAAAUAGUAUCUAAAAAUGCUGUGAUUAAAUGUUUGAAAAGUUUAGAUGAUUAUUCUGAUAUUAUCUGCACAUUGUUACUCCAAAGAUGUUUGGAUGACAAAAUACAUGUCCAGAACCAGCUAUUUGUUGAUAUCUUGGAAUCUGCUGAUAUCAAUUGUCAACAAAAAUUGCAAAAUAUCCUGGUUAAUAACCUAGUUGAUGAUAUGGAUGUUUCUAGACUGGUACAAUCUUCAUUGGAUAAGGAGCCCUUUUUCAUUCAAUCCUGUAUGCAUAUUCCACAAUUGGCCAUCGAGUUAUCUAAACAUUAUGAAGAUAUCAAGAGCCCAAUCUCUAAACUUAUCAUUGCAACCCAUUUGAAUAAGGAGAAUGACGAGCAUCAUAUUUUGGAAGCCCUGAAAUAUGCAACUGAUAAGUUAUACGUAUCUUCAGGGCAUGAUUUAUUCACUAUUUUAACACUUUUAUCAAAGCAUCACUCUUUCGUAAGUGAAAAUGAGGUUGGCCGUGCUAUAGAUUUUGUUAUUGCACAUGGAGAAAUCAAGUACACUUCUGAAGCGGCAUCGUUUGUUUUGGCUGUUAACACUUUCAGUAAACUGGAAGUUAAGACUUGGUUGAACAAAUUGUUUUUAUACAUUACCAAAUAUUUCGCUGAAAAAACAGCAUUAUCAGAAGACUUUUUGAAUCUCUUGGUGGUAGUUAAGGAUUUCAUGAAGUCUAACAACUCGGUGUGGAAGGAUGUUAAAUACUCUAUUUUGAACGCUCAGCUUGAGGUUAUAUUGUCAGGAAAUUGGAUAGAGAAGAAUGAAGUUCUAGAAUAUGUCACGAUAUUAUUACUCUGUGCAAAUAAGAAGUUCGUUAACGCUAAUUCGUUGUUCCAAGUGCUUCUAAACAAUAAUUCUUUGGCACUUUCCAACAACGCACAAUCCAACUAUACCAAAUUUUUAACAAGUUCUGCGCUUUAUCAAUUAUAUUUCAUGGACGUUGCGCAGAACUCUUCCACAACUCUUCAGAAGAAACUUUUGGAAUUAUAUCACGGUUAUACUAACACAUCUGAUAUAAUGUUGCUCACUAUGCUUGAAUCUAUCGAAUCAACGAUAGGCCAAUCGUGGACCAACAAUGUCAUCAGCUGGGAAUUCGUUGACACUCUACAAGAAGCGGAAUUAGAUUUAAUUGGACCAAUAAACUUAAUAACAAGUGAAAAAGAAGGUUUGAUUGUUACAAUCAGUAAGGAUAAAAUAAUCGACACUCUAAAUAAUUUCCCAUCACAUCGUCCUGCGUUGAAUCUAAUUGCUAAAGAUACUGUUGAGGUAAAAUGGAAUAAAUUGCAAAACUUCUUCUUCUCAGAAUCAACUUCUCCAGGUGUUAAUGUAUCGCAUGUGUAUGACCCAAUGUUCAUUCUAUUAUGUGCAAUGAACAACGAGGAACUUGUCAGAAAGGUUUCUGAAGAGGACGCAACUAAAACUAUUUUCAAUGUGAAAAGGUUCAUUGAUACCGGUCUAUUGCAAUUAGCAAUUGCCUCUUUAGGGUUAGAUGCAACUACAGUGUUUGUCUCAAAGUCGAUAUUGGAAGGUAUUCUAUAUUCCAUUAAAGAAGCAAACCAAUUCAAAGAUAGGCGUGCUUUUGAAGUUUUAGUUACAAGAAUUUUGUACACAUUGGAAAAGCAAAAAGACGUUACAGUUCCCACCAUUAUUUGGAUUGCCCUUUCACGCCUUUGUGAUAUAUUGAUCCAACCUUCAUCAGACUUAUAUGAAAAAGCUUAUCGCUGGGUGUUAAUGUCACCAAUGAUAAAAGACAAUGAUAUCCCGCUACUUCAGACAGUAUUUUUCAGAGAUAAUGACACGUUCACGGAUUCCGAGAAUUAUUACAAGUACUUAUCCUGGUUACUUCAAACAAUCUCUCUUGGUUUAAAAACACCUUCUGACGUUAAACUUCUAAAAAUGUGCAACUGUUUUGAAUGGCUAAUGAAUCUAGAAAACUCUUCAUAUCUACACAUUCGUUUGAAGACACUAAUUCAAGAAAUCUUUUAUAAUAUCCAGCAGAUUGACAACGGGGAAGGCCUCUUAAUUUCUGGUUAUGCUUCUAUAGCUUUCAGUGAAUGUGAAAGAGUAUCUCUUUCCAAGAACUACGAAGAGAGUAAGAAACAGUGGUUGAAAAACACGAAGAACAAUAGAAACUACAGAAACAUGUUAGUUGAAGAACAACAGCUAUUAAACAACUUGGAACUUUCCACACGUAGAGUAAUAAUUGCAAAAUCAGACAAAAGACUCUCUGAAUGGAUGAAUCACGACGAGUUGAAUGUCGCUAAGAGAAUAUGCAGGUAG